AUGUACAUUAGAACCUUUUCUGCCAGAAGAUUCUUGACAUCUUUUCGACGAUUAAUCUGUACUACGAAUGAUGGCGCGAUACCUUCGUUACUCAAGUCAAUACCGAAUAUAAAGAAGAUUCUCAGUGAUGAUCCAAUUAGCCUACCAAGAUCGAGUGAAAAGCAUCAGCAGAAUGGAACUUUGGAAAGGAGAAAACCCAGUUUGGUGGAUGGAUGUACAUUAAUGAAGCAUUUUCAGUCUGCAUCAGUGAUUCAGAUUGUCCCUAAGGUGAAUCGAUCGCAGGAAUCUACCAUUAACGGACUGUUCAACAGGAGUCAAAUUGUUCAGGACUGGAGUAUAUUUGAAUUUGAUCAGAUACCCGGCGAAGGAGAGGAGAAUGAAUCGAACUUUGUUGACUCUAACAAUCUUCCUGAAGUGAUUCUUCUUGGAAGAUGUAACGUUGGAAAGUCGUCUCUUAUCAAUGCACUACUCACAAAUGUCAAAGAGAGGGUGAAAACGUACGCAAAGGUGAAGCAGCGGGCUGGAUAUACACUUUGUCUCAACUUUUACAACAUUGGGGGUCUUUUUAGACUUGUGGAUUCUCCAGGUUAUGGAAAUAGGGGUAAGCAGUGGCAAGGGAUGCUGGUUACCGAUUAUCUUGAGAAAAGACGAGUGCUAAGAAACUGUUACUUAUUAUUGGACAGUAAAGUUGGACUUAAUCAGUAUGAUGAGAUGAUAGUACAACAUCUAGUUCAAUCUGGUACUUCAUUUGAUGUGGUUUUCAAUAAGAUUGAUAAGAUCCCCAAUGACAGCCGAAUAGGCCACCUUGAAAGGCUUAUAGGUAACUCUAUUCUUGCAGAUUUAAAGAUUCAGCCUCGCUACUAUUUCGUCAACUCUGUGGAGACAUCCAAGGGAAUUAAGUAUAGAAGUGGUAUCAACGAAUUACGACUCAGCAUGUUACAGAGUUGUGGGUUGAACGUCAGAACGUUGGCUCCUAAAAAGUUGCAAAGGGACUCUGAUAGGCUGCGACAGAAAAGAAAGCUUAAAAAUGUCAAGAUGAUAGUCAAUACAAAGAAGCUGCAACGAGACUCUUAG